AUGGGGUCUUUCGAAUUAAAACCUACGAUAUCAGAGAAGUGCACGUGCCACUCUAUCGUCCCUGUCACCACAUGGGGGGGAGGCCAACGGUCUGAGAACAGCAUUAGGACCAGAGAUUUAAUUCCUUUCGAGACUGAAAUGACGAAAUGGCCAUUCGACCCCGAAGAUGAUAUCAUUUUCAUGGUUGUCAAGGCCAACGAUGUCCGCAACUGUGUGGUUUGCGGCGAAAUAUUUAUCGACAAGUUCCGCAUGCCACAAUUCUGGUGGACAGACACAUAUAAAAGAAUGAAUGGAUAUUUCGGAUCAGAGUUCGAGAGAAAUGCGGAUGGAGUGAUUGAAACCUACUCAACAUGGUCUCGUGCUCUUAUAAAACACUCGGAAGCAUUACAUAAAUCGGAAACUCACCAUGAACUUCAAUAUCGAUGGCUUAAACUCAACAUAUUCACAAGAUGGUUUAUGGGAGGAAAGAUGAUGAUUAUUGCCUUUGACCCAGUCGAAACGAUGCAAGAAAAACUACGUGAGCUAUUUCUGAGCCGUCUAGAUAAAGAAGACUUACAGGAUCCUUACUGGCCUUACGAAUACAUACUAGAAGAGCUUGUGUCUUUACAGGGAUCAGCUAUUUGGAGCCUUCGGGAUCUCAUAAGAACCAUAGAACUCUCGCCAACAAGAGACCCUAGAACUCUUCGAGAAAAACCGCAGUACAAUUAUUCAAGAAUGCAUGAUAUAGCUCGUCAUGCUAUCCACGUAUCGGAAACCCUGGAUCUGGCUGUCAAGCUCUCCGAGGAUCUCAUUCAGGAGCACCAGAAGCUGAUCAUAUCAUCUUCAGAUGGGAAGCCUAGACUUGAAACUGAUAAAACACAAUCUCUUAAGCAGGUCUAUUCAAACACACAUUCACGCCUCGUGUUUUUCAGCCAUGCACUUUUCAGCCUCCGCUGUCGCUCGUCUUCCAAUCACCAACGACUUGGUAAUGAAAUACAGCUGAGGUUUCAUACCGAUUCGCAAUACGACUCGCAAGUAUCUGUGGAGAUCAGCCAUUCCGCCAAGUCAGAUGGUGCCUCUAUGAGAUGGAUCGCCAUCGUCAGCCUCAUAUUCCUCCCAGCGAACCUGGUGUCUUCAGUCUUUAGUACGACGUUUUUCGAAACAACAAAUGGAAUGAUCUCGGUUACAAAUGACUUUUGGAUAUACUGGGUUGCCCUGGUUGCCGUUACCGUGAUGACCUUGGCGCUUUGGUUUUGUUUAUCGCGGUUUAGUAUCCAAGUCGGGGGUAUGCCGUUUAGAAGGUUUACUGUGUGGCAGAAAACAGAGAGGCCGCUGGAAUAUUCUACUCAUUGCGCUGUAUAG